UGGAGUCAUGUUUUACUAAAGUAUUCCAGCGACAUUGUUACCCUUGAUUAUUAGAUCAUUGACUGAUGUAAAGUGUAAUGAUUCAUGUGAGGUGUGUUGCUGGGUAAAUAUUGUAACUUAUAUGGUGAAAUGCCAUUGGUUUUCUUCUCAUUGAUAUUAUCAUCUUAAACGUGACGAAGACAGAGACUUCCUAAUAUCUGCUGUAAAGAUGGAGUUUGUUAAAGAGGAGAGUGGUGCAGAAACAUGCAGCGAGAAAGAGGAAGAAACUGAGGAACAAAAAGACGUGACGGAAGUGAAAGGUGAAAGUCAAGAACUGAAUGAGGUGAAGGAGAAGCACCAGAGUCAGGAAAAGUCUUCUAGUUCCUCAGACACUGAAAAGAACGUUUCACAAAAAAGAGCGGACGCUAAAGGCUCGUUCUCCUGCUCUCAGUGCGGAAAGAGGUUCACUCGUAAAGGACACCUGGAGGUUCACAUGGUGAUCCACACAGGUGAGAGACCAUACACCUGUCCUCAGUGCGCCAAGAGCUUCACCUGCAAAGGAAGCCUUAAGGAUCACUUCAGGAUCCACACCGGAGAGAGACCUUUCGCCUGCCCUCAGUGCGAAAAGAGCUUCACAAACUCAGGAGGAUUGAAGAGGCAUGUUCGGAUUCACACCGGAGAGAGGCCUUUCACCUGCCGUCAAUGUGCAAAGAGCUUCCCGAGCUCAGGAGAGCUGAAGAGACACAUACGGAUUCACUCGCGAGAGAGACCUUACACCUGCCCUCAGUGCGGAAAGAGCUACAAACAGAAGGAGGUUCUGAGGGAACACGCCAAAAUCCACUCCGGAGAGAAGCCUUUCACCUGCAUGCUGUGCGGGAAGAGCUUCACACAACAGAGCACACUCAAAGUUCACAUGAAGGUCCACUCAGGAGAGAAGUUACACCAGUGCUCGUUCUCCUGCUCUCAGUGCGGAAAGAGGUUCACUCGUAAAGGACACCUGGAGGUUCACAUGGUGAUCCACACAGGUGAGAGACCAUACACCUGUCCUCAGUGCGCCAAGAGCUUCACCUGCAAAGGAAGCCUUAAGGAUCACUUCAGGAUCCACACCGGAGAGAGACCUUUCGCCUGCCCUCAGUGCGAAAAGAGCUUCACAAACUCAGGAGGAUUGAAGAGGCAUGUUCGGAUUCACACCGGAGAGAGGCCUUUCACCUGCCGUCAAUGUGCAAAGAGCUUCCCGAGCUCAGGAGAGCUGAAGAGACACAUACGGAUUCACUCGCGAGAGAGACCUUACACCUGCCCUCAGUGCGGAAAGAGCUACAAACAGAAGGAGGUUCUGAGGGAACACGCCAAAAUCCACUCCGGAGAGAAGCCUUUCACCUGCAUGCUGUGCGGGAAGAGCUUCACACAACAGAGCACACUCAAAGUUCACAUGAAGGUCCACUCAGGAGAGAAGUUACACCAGUGUCCUGAAUGCGGCAGGAGGUUUUCAGAGGCCUGCAAUCUCAAAACUCACCUGCUCUCUCACACCGGAGAAAGACCCUUUCACUGUCAGCGCUGCGAUAAGAAGUUUUUCCUGGCCGUGCACUUGAAGACGCACAUGAGGAUUCAUGAAGACGAGCGGCGGUACGUGUGUUCGUUCUGCGGGAAGAGUUUUCUGUGGCUGCACGGUUUUAAAGACCAUCAGAAAACUCACAUCGGCGAGAAACCCUUCGUGUGUCUGGACUGUGGGAAAACCUUCGCUAGAGCCGCCGAACUGAAAGUGCAUGAACGGAUCCACACCGGAGAAAAACCCUACAAGUGCUCACACUGUGAGAAGAGCUUCACUCAGUCAUCUGGACUGAAAGUGCAUGAGAGAGUUCACACCGGAGAGAAACCAUACCUCUGUCCCUCCUGCGGGAAGACUUUCAGCCGAUACGGGAGUUUAGGAAAGCAUUUAAAAAAGGCUUGUCCAAAGCUGAAAAAGUGAGCAAGGUUCACAUUCAAGUUUAAAACUUGGAUGGAGUUGUACCCCAACAAAAGACCAUUUAGGAUAUUUAAGGGAGGUCAAAUAAUUAGUUUAGAAAAAACUGCCACAUUUCAUAUUAGUGAAUAACAGUUUUUUUGCAUGUGGUAGCAUUAAAGGAGACAUAUUAUGCCCCUUUUUA